AUGUUCCGCUCGGAAAACGCCAGAACAAGUGACAGAACGGACAGAACAAUGUCUCUGAAAAGUUUUAUUCAUCCCAGGAACAAGUACAAGGACCAACCAAAUUUUAUAGAACUUUCUAAACUCUACCCCGAGUUCCAACAACAUGUUUCUGUGAAUCUAGCCGGUAAGGUACAAUUUAACUUCAACAGCGAGGAAAGUCUAAGAGUCUUGACACAAACUCUGCUCAAGCAUGACUUUGACCUGGAUGUUAAUAUUCCACCGGAUAAACUGGUACCGGCGUUGACACUCCGUCUUAAUUAUGUAUUAUGGAUUGAAGAUUUGAUGAACUUCGCUAAGAUAAACGAAGUGACUGGAAUAGAUGUUGGUACUGGAGCUAUUGCGAUCUAUCCGUUACUUUGUUCUAAGAUUUACGACUGGAAAAUGAUCGGUUCGGACAUUGAUUCCGCGGCUGUUACGUCAGCCAAUGAAAAUAUUCAAAGGAAUAAGUUGGAUCACCUUAUAAAAGUAAUAAGAGUUCAGGGAAAGAAUAUAUUCAAAGAUGUUGUAACAGAAGAAUCAUACGCUUUCACUAUGUGCAACCCUCCGUUUUUUGACGCUGACGAUGAUAAGAAAAGAGAAAAACGUUUGCCGCCAACAAAUGCAAAAACAGGCCACGCCGUCGAGCUGUCUGUCGCUGGUGGUGAGAAAUCCUUUGUGCGUCAGAUGCUCGAUGAAAGUUUAGAGCUAAAUGGAAAAAUAAAAAUAUAUACGACGAUGUUAGGUCAGAAAAAUAGUUUAGCGUACUCUAAAUCUGAGCUGAGGAAAAGGUACAUUGAUAAUUUUACUUGGACUGAAUUUUGCCAGGGUAAAACUAAAAGGUGGGGUCUGGCUUGGUCACUGAUCCCUAAAAUAACGCUAGAUUUAUCGAAAGCGCCAGCUAUACGCGAGAAAUAUUCUCAUAUUACAUCAUCAAAAUCCAAAGAUAACUCCGCUCCGUUGCUGGAAGUGUUUUUUCCAUUUAAUGAUAGUUUUAGGGAAGUAAAAGAUGUAAUCAUUGCUGUAAAAAAAUGAGUCGAGUCGUUCACACCAUUGCGAGAAUAGUCAGGGAAGCUUUCUAGGUCCUCAAGACGUCGAGAUGUCGCAUAUCAUUAUGAAUCAUAUAUUUAGGAUUUAGAAGUAUUUGGUAGUAUUUAAAAUUUUCAAUCAUCUUUAAUCCUAAUUAAUCAUAUUUUUAGGAUUUAUAAGCAUUUGAAAGUAUUUAACAGUUUAAAUCAUUUCAAAUCCUGUUAAAUCAUAUUUUUAGAAUUAAAUAGUAUUCAACAGAAUUAAAAAAUUUGAAUCAUGUUGAAUCCUUUUAAAUCAUAUUUUCAGGAUUGGAUAGCAUUCGUGAGGAUAUAAAUUUUUUUAAUUCUAUCAAAUUCCUUUUUUUAA